AUGUCAGAAUUGUGUGCAGUGGUGGCGGGUACCGGAGCCGCCGUAGGGGAUGUUGAGACAAUGGAGGAGGAGGAGGAGGAGGAGGAGGAGGAGGAGGAAGCGAAGGUUGGUAGUGGGGGUUCGGGAGUGCGGUCAGUGUUAGUUGUCGGCGUGGGGGACGAGGAAAAUUUUGACGGGAGGGACAGCGGAUGAUGCAGCCCCGGGGCUGCAAUUGGUGCGAAGGCGUCCUAUAAGACUGAUUGUUGCGCAGAACGUUCUCUGGCAGCGUGAGCAGGUCGGGGACGGUUGAGCGUUGCGGGGCGGGCGCAGAUGAGAUUUGCGAGUCUCGCGUUUGGCUUUGGCGGCGGUGAUUCGACUGGCUUCGCAGAUCGCUGCGCGUUUCUUCACUGUGUUCCAGAUCGACCGGUCUCGAGCGAGGUCUUCCUAGUUAGUUGGGUUGAUCUGCAGAUGCUUCAGGGUGUCCUUGUAGCGACAGACUUGGCUUUUUUGUCGGCAGAACUCGUGGCUACAUCUCCGUAGAAGAGUCGUUUGGGCAGCCGCUUGUUGUCCAUCCGCACGAGGUGGCCGCUCCAGCACAGUUGCAGCUGCCUCAGCAUAGCGUAGAUGCCGAGGAUUCCCGUCCGCUUCAGUACAUCCGUGUCCAAAAUCCGGUCCUGUCAUCUUAA